AUGUCCCAAAACCUCGAGAACAAGCACAUGCCGCUGGGAAUCCAGCGCAGCCACAGCCGGCUCGGCGAGCUGCUGGCGGCAGAUACCCUCGUUGCUGCAGGUUCAGCAACGCUUAUAACGCCCGCGGUGAUGAUCUUUGACAGACUCGUCGUCGAAAAGUCCUUCUACAACCAGCCUCUCUUUCCUGCAUUCCGCAGACAUCUCUGGUUUUCGCUCACUCAGCCGGCUACAUUCUUGACAUCUCGACCCAGCCUCCUCGUCUGGUCUCUCUAUACCGCCACCUUCGCGACAGCGAACAUGUCCGAAACCCUCUUGAACAAAGUCUAUCCCCACAUCGACCAUGCCAUCGCCGGCAUGACCACCUUCGCAACUACUUUCGUGGUCAACUCCUCCGUUGGAAUCUGGAAAGAUGUCAAAUUCGCCCAACUAUUCGGCCACAACAAUGCCGCCCCUCCCUCAGCGUCUCCCACAGCAUCUCCCACAGCAUCUCCCACAGCAUCAGCAGCAGCAGCGACAGCAUCGACAGCAUCGACAGCAUCGACAGCAUCUACCACACCAGCAACACCAAAUGCAUCCACAGCAUCCGCAUCCUCAGACACCAAACCACCUCCACCCCCCAAGACCGUCCGAUCAAUUGGCCGCACGCGCAUUCCUCUUGCAACAUACUCCGCCUUCCUCCUGCGCGACGGUCUCACCAUCUUCGGCUCCUUCAGUCUCCCGGCCAUGGUCUCCGCAACCAUCCCCGACGCCGUCGCUUCACAAGAAUACCUGAAGAUCCUCAUCGCCCAACUCGCCAUCCCCGCAUCCGUCCAGCUUAUCAGUACCCCCAUCCACCUCUUCGGGUUGGACGUCUACAACCGCCCACAAGUCCUCCCGACCAAAGAUCGCAUGUCGCGCAUUAGUCGUGACUGGAUCGGCGCCUCGCUCCUGCGCAUGUGUCGCAUUAUCCCGGCAUUUGGUAUUGGCGGGUUCGUCAAUACGGAGGGACGUCUUUAUCUUCAUGAACAGCUGGACGAGCGCCGGACUCCUUCAUGA